CUCUAUUGGCUGUUACUAUAAUCGCUGUUAUUGGCUGGUGACAUACAGUAGGCAGGGAGGCUGGUGGUAGAGAGAGAUCCUUCCUGGUUUCUAUGGCAAGAAAAAAAAGGACACAAUGAACCAUUUAAACCUGUCUUUUGCUGCUUGUGGAUUUCUUGGAAUAUACCACUUGGGGGCAGCAUCUGCUCUAUUAAAACAUGGUGGGACAAUGCUGAAGGCUGUGAAGGUCUUUGCUGGGGCUUCAGCAGGAUCCCUGGCUGCUACAGUGCUUUUAACAGCUCCAGACAAAAUAAAGGAAAGUAAGGAUUUCAUCUACACAUUUUCUGAAGAUGUUAGAAAAGAGACCCUUGGAGCAGUUACACCAAGAUAUGAUUUUAUGAAUCGCUUAAGGGAAGGCAUAGAAGCAAUUCUACCUCAUAAAGCUCAUGAGAUAGCUGAGAAUUGUCUCUACAUAUCAAUCACAAACACCAAAAGCAGAGAAAAUUGCUUGGUUUCAAGUUUUGCCUCUAGAGAAGAGCUCAUUAAGGUACUUUUGGCAAGUUGUUUUGUGCCUGUGUAUGCUGGUAUUCAGGCUGUAGAGUAUAGAGGAGAGAAAUGGUUUGAUGGGGGAUUCACAAAUGGUCUUCCUCUCCUGCCCACUGGACGCACUGUUACUGUAUCUCCAUUCUGUGGUCGGCAAGAUAUCUGCCCAGAGGAUAAAGGACAUGUUGACCUGUAUUUUAAUAUAGCGAUGCAAGAUGUACUGCUAUCACCAGCCAAUUUUGAAAGACUCCGUCAAGCAUUGUUUCCACCAAGCCACGCCAAAAUGGAGUCCAUUUUUCAAGAUGGAUUUGAAGAUGCUGUGAAAUUUUUACGAUCCGAGAACUGGAACUCAGUGGACAGGAUUUAAAACCACUAGUAUUUUUUUUAAAGCUGACCAGUCCAGUUUUGCUGAAAACCAAACAUACGCCAACCUUCUGGUUCUGAAUCAAAUCGGGUCCCAGCUUGUAUCUCUUUGGGGUUCCGAGUUCCGCAAGUUCGAAUCUUGGAUUUCAAAGACAAAUCUUGUAUGUUUUUGAUUUGCAUGUAAGUCCUUUCCUUGUGAUUUCAGGUUUCAAAAUGUACUGGAAAUGUCUUGAUAUUAAUGUUUUUGAUGUUAAUAAUACUGUGGGAACAAAAACAGGUCAGAUGCACACACUUUUAGUUGUUUUUAUCAAUUUCUAAAGAAAUCCAGAUCAAAAACUCAAACACUGCAAGAAUUUUUGCGCAAAUCCUGUUUUUGCAAUUUUUGAAAUUGAGUAGGUGCAAAUUAAAAAAUCGCAAAAACAGGAUUUGCGCAAAAAUUCUUACAGUGAAAAUGGGGAAAUCAGCCUGUACCCCCAAAAAUGCCAAAUUAACAUAGGAUUACAGUAUAGAAGUGUAUUAAAGGUCAUAUUAAAUAUAUUUGGGGUAUUAAAUUGUGUCAAAUGGCUGUUACUUUUUUUAAAUGGGAAAAUAAUGAUCAGAGCAAUUUUUUUCAGCAAAAUAAGUAUACAUUUGGGUCAUUUUAGGAGACUUGGGGGAAAAAAAGUGGAAAAAGACUGACUACUCUCACCUGCAAGCCUUAAAACAUUUGUCCCAAUAUACCUGUCACAUACUUGGAAUCCCAAAUUCCGUCACUUUGUAAUUUUUUACCCCAAAAAUUACAUUAUUGGCCAGUUAAAAAUAAUUCAAAGUGCCUACAUAGUCAUUAGUGGGGGAAAGGGGGGUUGUGUGCAAGGCUUCUGAGCCAAAUCACAACAUUUUUACCUUGAAAUAGAGAUAUUCCCCAAUGUUGCACCUGCUCAGAUUAGGUGAAGUGAAAUUUACGGUUAAAUUAUCUUUCACGAUUUGCACUAAAAUCAGUUUUUCAAGCAAUAAAACAGAUUAUUGCAGCUAAUUGAAUACUCCCUAUGUGUAAUUGGAAAUCCGCACAUAUGCAUAGAAAUAUACAAUUGAAAAUACUCCCCUGGUGGGCAAAAUUAUACCCAAUAGUAAUUUCAUUUUUAAAGUGAGAAUUAUAAUUAAACAUUAAAAUACUCACACAGGCAAUCAAAAUCCCAUUAUUUUUCUUUCAUAGCCUUUUAAAGUAUAUUUUAAGGUUCAAUUUAAGCAAAAAAGGGACAUGAUAACUCAUCUGCCUUAGGUUGAUAAUGCUAAUUAAACACACUUUUUUUUUUUUUUUUUUGCACCAAAAUAAUUAAGUACAGUAUUACAUAAAGGAAUGUAUAAUGAACUCUCGGAGUUGAGCAAGAUUGCUAAAACAUUUUUUUCCAGAAUCUCUAUAUUUCAAUUGACAAAGGGUCAAAUUUCAAAGUGAUACUUGGAUCAGGCACUGAGAUGUGAUUUUUUUUUUUUCCAGAUACACCUCAGAAUAAAUGGAGCUUCAGGAGUGCCAUUUCCCAGCAAUUUUUCUAAGCUUUGACACCCUAUAUCUCGAAAACUAUGAGGUCUAGAGCAGAAAAAUUUGUCUUGGUUUAGUAGCUCUCUGGUAGUAUCAAGUGUACAAAGUUUCAUGAAAAUUUUAGUUGGUGGGUGUCAUGCCUGGGUGAACUGGCAUGGAAUGACCCACUAAUGAUUUAGAACCAAAACCAAAAGGCAGGGACCUGCGCACAUCUCUAGUAUUUAUACAAAACAAACAGCACUCACUCUGACAUGGAUAUUGUUCUGCUUUCUUCUGUAAUAGUGUAUUGUGCAAAGGUUACUUUUUUAAUUAUUUAAAUAAGUUCUAAUUAUAUUAUGUCAGAAUCAAAUAAAGUCAACUGCAAUACAAA